CUUCUUUUUUUUCAGAGAAAAUUGUUGCCAGGAUAUUUUUUGCUAGAUAAUGAUACCAAACUUUGUUAAUUACUACUACCAAAAGAAAUUGGUACUUAACUGUUUUAAUUAAAAAUACUAAUGAAGAAGAUGGAGUAUGUUUGGUGCAUCCGGUACAUUUAAUUUCCGGAACGAAUUAAUCUAAAGUUCCGGUUUCAAGCGUGGCAUAGCUAUUGUACAAAACAAAUGAAUCUCCCAUCUCAAGUAUCAAGAUUAUUCUGGUAGUCGCCGUACGGUGUCUAAUGCAUCAACAACUUAAUAAAGGUACUGGUGUUAAGGCAUGUUGCAAGCAUCUUCUUUCUUUUACCUACAGUACGGCUGAUGCAAAAGGGGAUAGACGUGAUACUAAUUUGAUUAAUAGUUUGAUCGCAAAUGGGGUCCGUGUGUUGUGAUGACUGCUUAACAAACCUCCGACAUAGGCCGGAUAAGCUGCCUAUUUAAGGCAGAAACAAUAAUUCUAUCUGCUAUUGGCUUAGAUGAGUGAAAGAAUUCACGGUCAAUCUGGGGUAAAGUGAUUACUAAAGCCGAGUUGAUUCCUGGAACGAGAGCAGAGCAGAGUGAAUAUCGUCAAUUACCGUGAAACAUGAGCCCUCAAAUUUGUGCAGUAAUAGCUGUAACUCUUUCGAUUGCUCAAUCCGGCGCUCAGUAAAGAGGAAACAUCAAUAAAGUGUUCCAGAGACUUCCACGAAACUAUGUUGUGUUCAGUGCUCGUUUUUUUAAGCCUAUCAAUUUUAUCUACAAAAAGUCAAGAUAUCGGCGUGCUCAUACUAGCUCGAGGGGGCUCGAAAGGGAUUCCCUUGAAAAAUCUACAAACAGUUGGUGGAAUAAGUCUUUUGUGUCGCGCAAUUAUCACAGCCAGAAGAUCUGAUUUGAAACAAGUGGUUGUGUCCACGGAUCAUCCAUUAAUUGCUUUGGAGGCAGUGACUUGUGGUGCUACUCCUUUUAAACGUAGUAAAGUAACGGCCACUGACUGGGCUCCGUCCAUUUGGGGAGUUCAAGAAUAUUUGUGGUCUAAUAGUGAAAUAAAUACAUUAGUUUUGAUUCAAGCCACGUCACCGCUUACGAAACCUUCACAGUUAAGGCUUGCUUUAAAUAAACUAAAUAUACCAAAACCGGUCGAUUGUGUCUUUUCAGUAGCUAGAAGCUAUAGUUUACGCUGGCGUUACGAAAAUGGGAAUGUAUUUCCCUUGAAUUUUCAUGUUUUCAAUCGGCCUAGGCGUCAGGAUUGGAAAGGAGAAUUAAUAGAAACAGGUGCAUUUUAUGUUUCCAGAAGAACGAUAUUGGAAAAAGGCUUAUUUCAAAAUAAUAAGUUAGGUGAAAGAUUUUUAUGUAUUUUAAGGAUAACGUGGUAAAAUUAAAAAAAAACUUUAUGCUAGUAGCAAUUGCAAGUUCCGUAGUUUAAUAUUGCUAAUUAUUAACAAAGUUACAUAAGAUGGAAGGUAUUGAUGAUAUAGAGCACAUAGCUUCGGACCAUGAUCAACUAAUUAGUGUGAUUUCCAAAUUAGAUAAAACUCAGCAUAUAAUAGAGCCCACACGCAACGAGCCCACAAACAUCAAUUCAGAAUUUAAUUUGAUAAAAAAAUCGAAUAAGUCAAUUUUGAAAAAUGUUUCUAACAUUUUGAGUGAUACUGCUUCACAUGUAGAGAUUACGAAAAAAUUGCUGAAAAGCCAGGAAGAGUCCAAGGUCUUAAGUAAACCAUUAGAAAAACCACAGGUUGAGCGUAUAAAGCGAGCGACAGGAUAUUUAGAAACAAAAAAGAAAGUUGGUCGGUGGGACCCCAUUGUUGCUCGCAGUCGAACAGUGGACCAGGUUUUCUUUCCUUUGAAAAAAGCAGAAAAUAGAUUGCAGCCAACGCAAGCCUUCAUUUCAAAAUUAAAAACUAAAUCUGAACUAGAACGCGAAUUGGAGGCAGUAGAUCCACCAGAUAUUGUUCAGGAAGACGAUGAGGAAGAACAGGUGUACCCAAUGUCGUAUGAAGAAAUGGUUGAACACAGGCAACAUUUGGCAAAAAUACGAGCUCAAGAAUCAUAUAGAGCUGCAAAAGCUAAACGCCAAAGUAAAAUCAAGAGCAAGAAA